AAUUACUUUUCGCGAGGUGCGGUUGGGGAUUCUCACGUUGAUGGUUGCAAGGGGAGUAGUUCGUGUUCCUAGAGAGUGAAACUGUUCUCGGGAAGGAAAGUGUUGGAGUAACCAAAUUAGAUUUAAUAAAGGCGCAAACAAGAGAGGGAAGUUUUGAAACACAGAACGGGUCUGCCUUUUUCUCUUGGAUAGGAGAGCGGACUUAAGUUUUCAUCAUGCCGGUUUUUCACACAAAGACGAUAGAAAGUAUCCUAGAGCCGGUGGCUCAGCAGAUAUCCCACCUGGUGAUAAUGCACGAAGAAGGUGAAGUGGACGGGAAAGCUAUCCCGGAUCUCACCGGACCCGUGGCUGCAGUGCAGGCGGCUGUCAGCAACCUGGUCAGGGUGGGGAAAGACACUGUCCAGACUACGGAGGACCAGAUAAUGAAGAGAGAUAUGCCUCCAGCUUUCAUCAAGGUGGAGACUGCAUGCACCAAGCUGGUGCAGGCAGCAUCUAUGUUGAAAGCAGACCCUUACUCCGUCCCCGCUCGAGAUUACCUCAUCGACGGCUCCCGGGGCAUCCUCUCUGGCACAUCGGACCUGCUGCUGACCUUCGACGAGGCUGAGGUUCGUAAAAUCAUUCGCGUCUGCAAAGGUAUCCUGGAGUACCUAACCGUGGCAGAGGUGGUGGAAUCUAUGGAGGACCUGAUCACAUACACAAAGAACCUGGGUCCAGGGAUGACAAAGAUGGCAAAGAUGAUUGACGAGCGACAGCAGGAGCUGACCCACCAGGAACACCGUGUGAUGCUGGUCAACUCCAUGAACACAGUCAAAGAGCUGCUGCCUGUACUCAUCUCAGGUAUCAAGAUCUUUGUGACGACCAAGACGUCUGGCAGCCAGGGAGUAGAGGAGUCUCUGAAGAACAGGAACUUCACUUUCGAGAAGAUGAGCGCUGAGAUCAACGAGAUCAUUAGGGUGCUGCAGCUCACUUCCUGGGACGAAGACUCCUGGGCCAAUAAGAAGGAUACAGAGGCCAUGAAGAGAGCUCUGGCACUCAUCGACUCUAAGAUGACCCAGGCCAAGAGCUGGCUGAGGGAUCCCAAUGCCCAACAAGGGGAUGCAGGAGAACAGGCCAUCCGUCAGAUCCUGGAUGAGGCUGGGAAGGUGGGAGAGCUGUGUGCUGGGAAGGAGCGGAGGGAUAUCCUGGGCACUGCCAAAACUCUGGGCCAGAUCACUGACCUGGUGUCUGAGAUGAGGGCCAGGGGUCAGGGGGCAUCUCCUGCAGCCAUGCAGAAGGCCCAACAGGUCUCCCAGGGCCUGGACAUUCUCACGGGAAAGGUGGAGAACGCAGCCCGGAAAUUGGAGGCCAUGACCAACUCCAAACAGGUCAUCGCCAAGAAGAUCGACGCUGCUCAGAACUGGCUCGCAGACCCCAACGGUGGUCCUGAGGGAGAGGAGAACAUCCGAGCCAUCCUGACUGAGGCCAAGAAGAUCGCUGACAUGUGUGAAGACCCCAAGGAGAGAGAUGACAUCCUGAGGUCCAUUGGAGAGAUGGCUGCUCUCACCGCCAAGCUCUCUGAGCUCCGGAGACAGGGUAGAGGAGAUACUCCGGAGGCCAGGGCAUUGGCCAAACAGAUAGCCACGGCUCUGCAGAACCUGCAGUCGAAGACCACCAAGGCUGUAGCCAACAGCAGGCCUGCUAAGGCAGCAGUCCACCUGGAAGGGAAGAUAGAACAGGCCCAGAGCUGGAUGGAGAACCCUACCAUUGAUGACGGUGGAGUGGGCCAGGCAGCUAUCCGGGGUCUGGUGGCGGAGGGUCGUCGUCUGGCUAACGCCCUGCCGGGUCCCUAUAGACAGGAGCUGCUGGGGAAGUGUGAGCAGGUAGAACAGUUGAUGGCCCAGCUAGCCAACCUGGCCGCCAGGGGUGAGGGAGAGUCGCCACAAGCACGUGCCGUGGCUCAGCAGCUCCAGGAGACCCUGAAGGACCUCAAAGAAAAGAUGCAGGAAGCUAUGACUCACGAAGUGUCGGACAUCUUCAGCGACACGACCACUCCCAUCAAACUACUCGCUGUGGCCUCCACCGCCCCGUCCGAUGCCCCUAACAGGGACGAGGUGUUUGACGAGAGGGCGGCCAACUUUGAGAACCAUGCCAACAAGCUGGGUGCCACGGCAGAAAAGGCUGCCGCUGUAGGAACAGCUAACAAGACCACUGUGGAGGGGAUCCAAGCUGCCGUCAAGUCUACAAGGGACCUGACACCACAGGUGGUCUCUGCAGCCCGUAUCCUGCUGAGAAACCCAGGCAACCAGGCUGCAUACGAGCACUUUGAGACCAUGAAGAACCAGUGGAUUGACAACGUGGAGAAAAUGACAGGUUUGGUGGACGAAGCCAUAGACACCAAGUCUCUGUUGAAUGCCUCUGAGGAGGCCAUUAAGAAAGACCUGGAUAAGUGUCGUGUGGCCAUGGCUAACCACCAGCCCCAGAUGUUAGUGGCAGGGGCAACUAGCAUCGCCCGGCGGGCCAACCGGAUCCUCCUGGUGGCGAAACGGGAGGUGGAGAACUCUGAGGAUCCUAAGUUCAGGGAGAUAGUGAAGGCUGCAUCUGAUGAGCUCAGCCGGACCAUCUCUCCCAUGGUGAUGGACGCCAAGGCUGUGGCUGGGAACAUCACAGAUCCAAGUCUGCAGAAGGGCUUCCUGGACUCAGGCUAUCGAAUCCUGGGUGCCGUUGCCAUUGUGAGAGAUGCCUUCCAGCCGCAGGAACCAGACUUCCCACCACCACCACCUCCUGAUCUGCAUCAGCUGCACGUCAGCGACGAGCCCGCCCCACCCAAACCCCCUCUCCCCGAGGGUGAGGUUCCUCCCCCCAGACCCCCUCCCCCAGAGGAGAAGGACGAGGACUUCCCAGAGCAGGUAUUGGGAGAGAUGGUGAGCGAGCCCAUGAUGAUGGCCGCCAGGCAGCUCCACGAGGAGGCCCGCAAGUGGUCUAGCAAGGGUAACGAUAUCAUCGGUGCAGCUAAGAGAAUGGCCCUGCUCAUGGCUGAGAUGUCCCGUCUGGUGCGCGGUGGCAGUGGGAACAAGCGUGCCCUCAUCCAGUGUGCCAAAGACAUCGCCAAGGCCUCAGAUGAGGUCACAAGGCUGGCCAAGGAGGUGGCCAAGCAGUGCACAGACAAACGCAUCCGGACUAACCUGCUCCAGGUAUGUGAGCGGAUCCCCACCAUUAGCACACAGCUCAAGAUCCUCUCCACAGUCAAGGCCACCAUGUUGGGUCGUACCAACAUCAGUGAAGAGGAGUCCGAGCAGGCCACAGAGAUGUUGGUUCACAAUGCCCAGAACCUGAUGCAGUCUGUGAAGGAGACUGUAAGAGAGGCUGAGGCUGCCUCCAUCAAGAUCCGGACAGAUGCAGGCUUCACUCUCCACUGGAUCCGUAAGACACCCUGGUACCAAUAAGAAGAUACGGGCCAACUGUCCGUUCAACUACGUCCCAAAUGGCACUCUAUUCCCUAUGUAGGGCAUUACUUUUGACUUGGGCUCAUGUCUGGUUAAAAGUAGUGUACUAAAUAGGGAAUACAGUAGGUUGCCAUUUGGGACACGUAUUAUUCUGUUCCUCUGCUCAAGGCUCAGCUUGUUAAGAAGAAAAAAACACCAUACAUACUAAUUCCAAGCUACAAUGAAUGAAAACUCUGCCUGGUUGGGGUAAAAAGAGUGAGUUAAUACUGAAUACACUAUUUAUCAGUCAAUGUCAAUCCCAUACCUGCCUGUAAACAGUGUUUUUAGACUUCCUAGGCGUGUGUGUGUUAGAGGUUUGCUUUUCUUAUCCAGUAAGAUUAACGGAGUACUAUUAUCAGUCUCAUUUAAACAUACAGUAGCCCCAAAUCGAAGUAAAAAUGUUAACAUUAUUAAGAUUUGUCUUGGAAGAUGUUUGUAUAUCUUUAUACUGGUUCUUUAUUUCACUAUCUGCAUUGUGCAGUCGUUCACUGUUGCUAGGACAAAGCACAUCCAACUCACUGGGAGUUGGUUCGAGCAUGUCGUUAUGCUGAGCUCUACACGCAAAUAUAUAUGAUUCAGUGGUUAUUAUGUCUGUUUACACUAUGUUCUAGAAACGGAAAAAUAAACACUAUUCCCUUUUCCAUAUUUGUAUUACAGUUGAAGUCGGAAGUUUACAUACACUUAGGUUGGAGACAUUAAAACUUGUUUUUUAACCACUCUACAAAUUUCUUGUUAACGAACUAUAGUUUUGGCAAGUCUGUUAGGACAUCGACUUU